CUCCUUUUACGCUUGAACUAGAAAGGAAGAUACGGGUGGUACCUGUUUUCUAUUUAUUCAAAUUUUACAGUUGCUUCUGUCUCUUUCAGACUAGUUUUUCUGGGUUUAUUUUAACUCUAUAUAUUCCCACUGAAGGAAAAUGGAAAGAUUUUAGGCUUAGCUUAUGUGUAUUUUGUCCCCUUUGGAGCAAAACUGACCACUAGUUAUUGGUGGUUUCUGUAGCUCUUAGCAUGAAUUCUACUUGUCAGGAAUUUGUGCAUGCAACGAAAGUUUUAUCUUUGAAAUUGCUGCUGGUAUAUAUAUAAUAUUUGGACAUGUUUUAAGCAUUCUUAUCUGGGUUUUGCUUAAAGGCUUGCGCCAGCAAAGCUUUAUAUGCAAAUUCUGGAUUUUGAUGUGCUGUUUUUGCUUUUUAAAGGACCUGGUGGUUUGAUUUAUAAGUGAUGGGGUUGAGGAGGAAUGGAUGGUGGAGUAUAUUGGGAUUGGUUAGAGUGUAUAGAUGAGUGUUAAUUCAAGUUUUUCAUAUCAACAAUAAUUCCUACAUGAUAGUCAGGUUAGGAUUCCUGGUUGCUGCUUCAAUUGCAGCCUUUACGGUCAAGCAGCUCAACCUUAAAGCAUCAAAGUCCUCUGCUUCUUUAACCAAGCCUCCAGAAGAUGGUGAACAAAUUCAAAAUGAGAGACUCAAAGAGAAGAAGUGGGAGGAAGAAGAAGAGGAAGAAGAGGUCAAAUUGAUUAGCAGCAUAUUUAAUCGGGCUCGUGGUAGUCCACCUGAUACUGAAGAUGAAGAUAUUUUACCUGAGUUUGAAGAGCUUUUAUCUGGAGAGAUUGAAUAUUCAUUACCUCGUGACAAGUUUGAUAAUGCAGAGAGGGAUAAAGUUUAUGAUACUGCAAUGGCAGAUAAUGCAAGGGAAAUGGAACGCUUACGCAACCUAGUAAAGGAAUUGCAGGAAAGGGAGGUGAAGCUUGAAGAUGAAUUGCUUGAGUAUUAUGGACUGAAGGAGCAGGAAUCAGAUGUUGUGGAAUUACAAAGGCAGCUAAAGAUCAAGACAGUGGAGAUUGACAUGCUGAAUAUUACUAUAAACUCCUUGCAGGCUGAGAGGAAGAAGCUUCAAGAUGAGAUUUUGCAGACUUCUUCAGCAAAGAAGGAGCUGGAGGUGGCCAGGAGCAAGAUCAAGGAGCUCCAGAGGCAAAUUCAACUUGAUGCCAACCAGACAAAGGGUCAGUUAUUGCUGCUCAAACAACAGGUUUCUAGUCUUCAGGCAAAGGAGGAAGAAGCUGUCAAAAAAGAUGCUGACCUUGAUAAUAAGUUGAAAUCUGUUAAGGAGUUAGAAAUGUCGGUUGUGGAGCUUAAGAGGAAGAAUAAAGAACUUCAAAUUGAAAAGAGAGAGUUGACAGUUAAAUUGGAUGCUGCUGAAGCAAAAAUAGCAGCCCUCUCCAACAUGACAGAGAGUGAAAUGGUUGCCAAUGUGAGAGAGGAGGUUAAUAACUUAAAGCAUGCAAAUGAAGAUCUGUUAAAGCAAGUAGAAGGGCUUCAGAUGAACAGGUUCAGUGAAGUUGAAGAGCUGGUGUACCUUCGCUGGGUCAAUGCGUGUUUGAGGUAUGAGCUCCGGAACUACCAGGCACCCGCCGGAAAAACUUCAGCUCGUGAUCUCAACAAGAAUCUAAGCCCCAAAUCUCAAGAGAGAGCUAAACAGCUGAUGUUAGAGUAUGCAGGAUCAGAACGUGGCCAAGGGGACACAGAUCUUGAAAGUAACUUUUCCCACCCAUCUUCACCUGGGAGUGAGGAUUUUGACAAUGCCUCUAUUGAUAGUUCAACUAGUAAGUACAGUAAUCUCAGUAAGAGACCUAGCUUAAUCCAAAAGCUGAAGAAAUGGGGAAAAAGCAGAGAUGAUUCAAUGCUUUCAUCACCAACCAGAUCUCUCUCUGGAGGCUCUCCAAACAGAAUUAGCAUGAGCCAUCGACCAAGGGGUCCUUUGGAAUCUCUGAUGCUGAGAAACGCAGGUGAUGCUAUGGCCAUCACUACAUUUGGGAAACUGGAGCACGAAUCUAUGGACUCACCUGAAACUCCAAACCUCCCACACAUUAGAACACGGGUUUCUUCUAGUGAUUCACUGAAUAAUGUUGGAGAUUCAUUCCAAUUGAUGUCAAAAUCAGUUGAAGGAGUUCUAUCAGAAAAAUAUCCUGCAUAUAAAGACCGGCACAAGUUGGCCUUAGAGAGAGAAAAGCAUAUUAAGGAGAGAGCGGAGAAAGCAAGAGCACAGAGGUUUCGUGAGAAUUCAAAUUUUGAGUCUAAGCCUGCACUUUUGCCACCAAAACUUUCUCAAAUAAAGGAGAAGCCAACUGUGUCUGGUGGUUCCAAUGAUCAAUCUAACAAUGAGAAGGCUGCCGAUUCUCAAAUGAUAAGCAAGAUAAAACUUGAGCAUAUUGAGAAGAGGCCUCCCAGAGUGCUUAGACCACCUCCAAAACCAACUGGUGGUGCUGCUGUGGGUGCAAAUGCAAAUCCUUCCAGUGGCGUACCUCCAGCUCCAGCUCCACCAGGUGCUCCACCACCACCACCACCACUACCUGGUGGACCACCUCGUCCUCCGCCUCCACCAGGAAGCCUGCCAAGAGGGGCAGGAAGUGGAGAUAAAGUUCAACGAGCUCCUGAACUUGUUGAAUUCUAUCAAUCAUUGAUGAAACGUGAAGCAAAGAAGGAUACAACAACAACAUCCUUGAUUUCAUCAACAUCUAAUGUGUCAGAUGCUAGGAGCAACAUGAUUGGAGAGAUUGAGAACAGAUCAACAUUCCUUUUAGCUGUGAAAGCUGACGUGGAAACUCAAGGUGAUUUUGUCCAGUCAUUGGCAGCUGAAGUUCGAGCAGCUUCCUUCACAAGCAUUGAUGAUUUGGUGGCUUUCGUAAACUGGCUAGAUGAGGAACUUUCAUUCUUGGUUGAUGAACGGGCUGUUCUCAAGCACUUUGAUUGGCCUGAAGGGAAAGCAGAUGCAUUAAGAGAGGCUGCUUUUGAGUAUCAGGACCUGGUGAAAUUGGAGAAGCAGGUGUCUUCUUUUGUUGAUGAUCCCAACCUCCCAUGUGAAUCUGCACUGAAGAAGAUGUACAAAUUGCUUGAAAAAGUGGAACAGAGUGUAUUUGCUCUCUUACGUACAAGAGACAUGGCUAUUUCAAGGUAUAGAGAAUUUGGAAUUCCUGUUAACUGGUUACAAGAUUCAGGAGUUGUUGGCAAGAUCAAGCUCUCGUCUGUUCAAUUGGCAAGGAAGUAUAUGAAACGUGUAUCAACAGAACUUGAUGCAAUGAGUGGACCUGAGAAGGAACCAAACAGAGAAUUUUUGCUUCUGCAAGGCGUACGGUUUGCUUUCCGUGUCCAUCAGUUUGCUGGAGGCUUUGAUGCGGAAAGCAUGAAGGCAUUUGAAGAACUAAGAAGCCGUGUGCGUGCACAAGGAGAAGACACAAAACUGGAAGCAUGAGAUUAUUUUUCUUCUUUGGCUUAAUUUUCUUCAUUUGUCUUCACAUUUCUGUUGUAUAUCCCAUCUUCUCACUUGGUGUUGCAAAAAACAUCAGAAGUAUAGGUUGGAAAAUACAAUGAUCUGUUCUGUGCAGGAACUUAUACAAAGUACAACUUUUGAGGGUUUUUUUUUUU